AUGACCGAUUUCUCCUCCGGCGAAGUCGUUGCGGUCACUAGUACAAAAGGCGUUGAAACACCCCAUAAAGAGCCCAGGCUCACCCAGCUCUGUAUGUUUGAAGCUGGCGAACCCAUCGACCUCAAACUCGCAAGGACCGCCGAGUAUGUGAAGGAUCCCCGGGAAUACCUCGUCAGAACGAUCGGGGAAGAAACUAUCAAGGCCCGUGGCGAUGUGCUGUGCAUUCCAAACAAACCUAUCGAAGGCGACUUCUACGGCACGAGUGUGAGCAAAGCGCAUUUCGAGACACAUAUUGCCAAGCUCCUCGGCAAGGAGCAUGGCCUCUUCUUCAUCACUGGCGUACAAGCGCAGCUCGCUGCAGCCAAGGCUCACUGUGAGAAAGCGAACAAGGAAUAUCAGGUCGCCGAGAACAGGGCGUACAAGGAACUUUAUCAUCUAGAUCGCGUGCUACUCGGCAGCAUUCCAAAAGAGCUCCCGACUGUUGAGGAGAUCCAGAAGGUUCUGAAUCUGCCUGAAGCCGAGCGCCCAGCCGUCAUGAUUCUGGAGAUCCCAAAUCGCGUCUGCGCUUGCGAGACCUACACAUUCGAGCAGCUCCAGCAAAUCAGUUCCGCGUGUAGGAGCGCUUCAGUCGCUCUUCACAUGGACGGAGCUCGUCUCUGGGAAAUUGAGCCGUAUUAUCAAGCCACUGCUGGCAAGUCAUUUGCAGACCUUGGAGCACUUUUUGACAGCGUCUACGUCUCGAUGUACAAAGGUCUCGGCGGUGCCACCGGAGCGUUCUUGUUGAGUAACUAUCCGGACUUUAUCGACGAUGCAAAAAUCUGGCAACGGCGGGCUGGAGGCAAUGCUUACAGUUUGAGCUACUAUUGGAUCGAUUGUCAGCGCGCUUUCAAUGAGCACAUUGGCACGUUCGCAAGCCGACGGGAUAAGAUGAUUGCAGUUUCAAAAAAGGUACUGAAGGCUACGUCAGCUUACAAAGCUAAAGACGGUGAUCCUGUUGUGCAGUUCAGACCAUCGGUACCUAAUUGCUGCUCAACACACAUAAUCUUUCAUGGCUUCACCAAUGACGAGAUUAUAGCUGCCAGAAACAAGGUCCAAAAAGAGAAGUAUGUCCAGGCGUUUGGAUUCUUGAGGCCGAAGAUGAGCAACAAGCGCUUAUCGGAGAGAUACAAGGUCUUAGCUGCGCCAAAGUUCAGCGUGUCUGAUCAAGCAGGGGGUAUAGCGACCGCGACAGAUUUGACGCACUGGACUGAGUGUACAAUCAUUCCUGUGACCGAGAAGCUGGAAGAUGGAGUCUUCGUGGAUGCCUACGUCGAGCUUUGCAAGGCGCUCUUCGAAGCGAAGCAUUAG